GGCUGUGUGACCUUUGGGGAUGUGUUUGUCGACUUCUCCUGGGAGGAGUGGGAGCUCCUGGAUGAGCUGCAGAGGCUACUCUACCUCAGUGUGAUGCUGGAGAACCUUUCACUUGUGACCACACUUGGGUGUCGGUGUGGAGCAGACAGCAGGGAGGCACCUUGUGAGGAGAGCGUCUCUGUAGAAGCAGCGCCGCAGGCCGGGGCUGCGGAAUCAAGUCUCUGGAUUCGAACAGCCCUCCCCUGGGAGAAGUAUGGCCCACUCCUGCAGAGCGUUCUGCACCUGGUUGAACACCAUGGCUCCACCCUGCGCACGCAGAGAAGACGAGAAGGACCGGCUGGACAGUGGCAGCCCCCUGCAGCAACACACCCAGGGCACAGCGCCCGAGGAGGCGAAUCUGUGCAAGAACACUGAGUGCCCGGAGCCGCUCACACAGAGCUGCAGCCUUGGGGAACACCAAGGCGAGAGUGAUGGGCCGACUGUCCACAACAGUGACAGUGGGCACACCUCACCCCACGCCUCUCCUGCUCCUGACAGUCACAUUCCUCUCACUGAGGAGAAACCCUUCAGGUGUCUGCCGGUUGGGAACGUGUUCAAGGAGAUGCCCACUCUUUUGAAUCACGGAGACAUCCCCACCAGAGAGACACCCUAUGUGUGUAAGGAGUGUGGCAAGGCCUUUGCUCACCCGUCACGUCUAGCCAUGCACCAGAAAUUUCACAGAAAGCAAAGCCACUACGCGUGCCAUGAAUGUGGGAGGCUUUUCCGUCGCAAAGACACACUUGUUCAGCACCAGAGAGUUCACACAGGGGAGAGGCCUUUCAAGUGCAGCGACUGCGACAAAGCCUUCAGCCGCAAAGACGUCCUCGCCCAGCAUCAACUGUUUCACACUGGGGAGAAACCCUACACGUGUAGUGAGUGUGGGAAAUCCUUUAGUCAGAGUUCCCACCUCAUGGAGCACUGGAGAAUUCACACGGGAGCGAGGCCCUAUGAGUGUAGCCAGUGCGGGAAAUUCUUCAGCCACACAUCCAGCCUCCUGAAACACCAGAGGGCCCACGCGACGGGAGCGAGGCCCUACGUUUGCGGCAAGUGUGGCAAAGCCUUUGGCUGCAAAGACACGCUGACUCAGCACCAGAUAAUCCACACUGGUGCAAAGCCGCACGAGUGUGGUCAGUGUGGGAAGGCCUUCGGCCAGAAACAAAUGCUUGCCAGGCACCAGAAAAUCCACACCGGGGAAAGGCCCUACGAGUGCCGGGACUGUGGCAAGUGCUUCAGACACAGCUCCAACCUCAUUGUGCACCAGAGAAUCCACACCGGAGCCAAACCCUACGCUUGCAGCGAAUGCGGGAAAUGCUUCAGUCACAACUCCAGCCUUGUCCUGCAUCAGCGAGUUCACAGCGGAGCCAGGCCUUACGUGUGUGACGAGUGCGGGAAGGCCUACAUUAGCAGCGCCAACCUGGUUCAGCACAAGAAAGUUCACACGGGAGCAAGGCCUUACGGGUGCAGCGAGUGUGGCAAUAACUCUAACCUCAUCCUCCACCAGAGGGUCCACACCGGAGAGAAGCCUUUUGUCUGCACGGAAUGCGGAAAAGCCUAUACCAGAAGUUCUCAUCUUCUGCAGCAUCAGAAGGUGCACGUGGAGGAAGAAAGGCCUGCUCCCGUGUGCGACAGCUUUGGUGACCCCUUAGCUGUAGCUCUUAAACUUCUUUAGCAUAAAAACAAGAAAAUGAUUCAGCUGGGCAUGGUGGCAUCUCGCCUUUAAUCCCGACACCGGGGAGGCAGGGGGAGGUGGAUCUCUGUGUGUUCUAGGCCAGCCUGGUCUACAAAAAAAAAAAAAAAUAUAUUCAUCCUAGAGAAAAGCCUUAUGCAAUGAGAGAAAUCUGAUGCUACCAUUUUUAAGCUAAUACUCACACUGGAGCAAAGCUCAGUGAGCACUGUUUAUGGAGCAACCAUCAUCCUGCAGGUUACCCUGGUCCGUUUCUUACAUCCAGUCAGGGAGAUUCCCAGUUAGCAUCACGUGUAGGAAGGUUUUCACUAGAUGUAUUCAGCUUUCUAAACUGCCCAGGGCUCUUCACAGAGUUGCGUCACUGCCAAAGAUUAUAGAUUCCCUCUCGCUAUUACCAUCUGUUUCCGUCAGUCCGUUCUGCCCCAGAAAGGCAGACAUUUGCUUGCUGUCCCCCUCCAGGGAAUGACGAGUGUUCAAAGCCCACCGAGGCUUCUUUCUCCUGCCACAAGUGGAGUCUAAGCAGGCAGCUAACUUUGACUUAAAGGAUCCCAGCUGAGUCCUACUGCAGAUUGCCAGGCAUUUUGUUCCGGAAAAUGUUGACUUGUGACCGUAAUCUUGCCCAGGUUCCCACCUUGAAACUGUCUUGCCCAUUGCUGUUGCUUUUCAGUGACAAAGAAUAUGACAGCAGCCAUUCUGCUUAGUUUUGUUUGCAAUGUCCAGUGGAUUGAGAAAGAAGUUGGGCUCUGCCAACACAGAGUGAUCUUUAUUUAUAGGCAUAUUUAUGGUGAUAUAUAUAGGCACCAUCUUUAUUUGCCUCAGAUAAGAUCACAAGAUAACAAGAGAGUUCUUGGUCUACUUUAACAGAAUGUGCCCCAUUGCUGAGGCCAAACUAGAAAGAGCUUGGUCUGCUAAAUUAUAUGCUCGAGUGUAAGGGUCACCUGUGAUUUCAUUGUUCAUUCCAACGGCAGCACAGGAGGUGUGAAAAUGCGUUUGCUCCUGGAAGCUGUGUGAAUUGGGUCCCUUUGAUGUCAUGGAUCCCCUUGGAUUCAAAAGUCACUGUUAACUGUUGAUCAGUUGGCAUGAUGCAGCCCAGGUAGGUAGGUAGGUUGGUGGGUAGCCCCACCGUCUUGUGGUAGCACCCAAAUAUUCUUUCUUGUAUGCCUGCCUUGUAUGCCUGCCACCCUUCUCAGUGGUAUCCAAGUACUGUGUCUCUAGAAAAUUAGUCAUUAACCUUAGCCAGGCAGUGGGGGCACACGCCUUUAUUCCAGCACUUGAUGUGAGCUCAAGGACAGCCGGGGCUACAUACAGAGAAAUCCUGUCUUGAAAAACAAAACUUUAUUGAUGUAUAGCUAACAUGCAAUGCAUUACAAAUAUGUAAAAUACAAGAUGUACGCUUUUUCAGCAUCUGGAUACCCCUGUGAACUCAUCGUAUUCAGGAUCAUGUGUCGGGGCUGAAGAAUGUAUGGCUCAAUGGUUAACAGCUCUAUCUGUCCUAGAAGCCCUGGGUUUCGUUCACAACACCCAUAUUGGUUGGCACACAAUCACCUUUAAGUCCAACCCCGGGACUUAUAGAAAACCAAAACCAGAUAACCAAAAACAAACCUAAAAGAUAAUGUGCAUAUCCCACACAACCAAGGACCCGUGUUCCUUCCUAUCUCUGCCAUCUCUUCCUGUCCCCUAUCCACAGACAUCAGCACGCGUUUUGUAGACUGUAGCAGUGAAAUUUGGUUAGUAUUCUCAUGAGGAAACAGUGUUCUGGCGUGCACACACACAUGUUGCAUGACUCAGUGGUGUUGAUUUGUAUUGCUGACCAGCCAGCGCCCCAUUGUAUGCUACGUGUUUUUAAAAUCCAUUCAGUUAACGGGUGUUCUAGUCGCUUAUAGCUUUGGCUAUUACAGAUAAGGCUGUUGCAGGAUUUGGCUUCAAGUUCAGAGAGAAUAACAUUUUACUGUGUGUUAUGUGCUGGCUGCAUUUUAUCCCAUUCACCAACUGAAAAUGUAUUAGUUGUUUUCAGAAUUUGGCAGUCGUGAAUAAACCCGCUACGUAUAUUUGCGUGCA